UCUCGUACCAAAAUAGAGUAAAUAAAAUACGAAUCAUUGCUCAUUUGAAAAUAAAUCAACCAUGGAUGCUAAGAGUUGUGCUAAAUUGGUAAUGCUGAUGUUGGUGGCCACGAUAGCAUUGCAGGCAUCUGCCACCGAGGUGAAUUCAUUCAAAUCGACCGUUUGUAAGGGAACUUGCGGGUUCAAAUGUGCUCUGAAUUUUCACAGGAAGGCCUGCUUUCGAAAGUGCUACAAUCACUGUGUCGGUGGUGCAUCGGAAGUUGAGAAAUUCGAAAGCCAAUGCAACCUCGAUUGCACGGUGUCCAAAUGUCUUAGGCUGCAUCUUGAUGCCAAGAAAGUCAAAGGCUGUGUGAAUUCAUGCUUGGAAAAUUGCAAGAAUUCUUAAGCCCCUCAAGAGUUUGGAGGAUCGCAUUCGCAAUUAAAGAGAAAUAAUAAAUCGUGUACUUGAAGAGAAGAAUGUAUGGGACAAAAGGAAUGCAAGAUACAAAGCGCACAUUACUUUGCUCAGAAAUCUUUGUUUACCUAAUUAAUUGUCAUUGGUCUUUUUAAAAGGGCUAUGGUUUUUUUACU